AUGGCAACUGAGCAACCUGAAAGCAACAGAGAAGAUCGCAUUCGCUCGACUGCAUUACGCCAUGCCAGAGAUAUUGAGGAGAGGAAGAAGCUACAGGCACGCAUAGCAGACCUAGUAGUCGAAGCUUUUGACUUGCCGUCUAGACCUGACGCUGACCCCGCAAAACCUCAACCUUCCGAUGCUGCUCUCUUUCGACACUGUCUGGGCCUAUUUCAGACCUCGGAUUUCGAUGAUCUCGUCUACGAGCGAAAUGUAGAUAAUCGAUGUGGCUACGCUCUGUGUCCAAGACCAAAUCUGAAGCUCACACAUGGUGGCCAAAAAGUCUGGAAUCAGAAGGGUGGCAAAGACUUCAAACUUGUCGAUAAGAGCGAACUGGAAAGGUGGUGUUCCAAAGCCUGUCAAGAAAGGGCAGCCUUUGUGCGUGCGCAGCUUGGGACGGAGCCCGCGUGGCUUCGAACUGGCCAGAACAUCGAUAUCAGGCUGCUCGAUGAAGUUGAUUCCGAGAGCCUUGCCGACCCAUUCAAGGUAACCGCAACUGAGAUUCUGCAAACAUCAAGUUCUGGAGUUAUGUUUGCUAAGUUCUUGCAGGGGCUCUCGCUCGCCGAAGCGCCUGAUGCAGAAAUUGCCGAAAGGAUGCAAGCCCUUGCGCUUGAACGUGGCGAGUUGAAGGUCAAUGCCGGCGACAGCGUCGUUGAUCUUAUUGAGAGAAAUAGCGACGUGAUACCGAGUGCCCCAGCACUUAAAGGGCACCAACCGCAAAAUACCAUCGAAGGACACCAAGCACGAAAGGUACGGUUCUCCGAGAGAUGA